AUGGCAGCAUGGAGCUCAGCCUUGGCAGCACCUCCGCUCUGUGGAACCUGCCGGCUUCCUCUUCUCCACUGUGCCCAGUGAAUGUUUGCCUUGCAGACUGAGGGGGAGAUCAAAGUGACCCAAAUUCUCAAAGAAAAGUUUCCUCGAGCUACAGCUAUCAAAGUCACUGACAUUUCAGGAGACUGUAGGACAAUGUAUGAAAUUCAAGUCAAAUCAGAAGAAUUUAAGGAGAAGAGAACUGUCCAGCAGCACCAGAUGGUAAAUCAGACACUAAAAGAAAAGAUCAAAUGUAUGCAUGGAUUGUGGAUAUUUACCUCUGUCCCCAAACACUGACCACGCCCUGGCUACAUAGAUAUUGCUGCUGAAACCUUGGAUGAAUCUUAUUGCCACCAUUCUUUCCUAGGCAUAUGACAAAAAAUGUAUCUAUUUUAUUCAUAGACAUUUCCAUAUUGUAAUUAUAGAAGAAUAUGGUAUCUAUUUAGAUGUUAAUUAAAGGUAACAGACAA